AUGGAUAAAGGGAUAAAGGGGACACUGCUUUUUGCACAUUUGAACAGAAGGACAUAUAUCAGCAAGGUAGAGGAAAUUACGAAAACAAAAAGCUGCACCGUCAAAAAAAACAAGCUCAAAAAUAUAUACGUAGAUUUUUCCCUUAACAAAUAUAUCAACAUAAAUAGCCUUAACGUAAGCAAAUUUAUUAAGACGCCAAUACAUUACCAGACGUUUAGAGAGCUUGUCGACACGAUAAAGAACGUUAGCAAUGUGAGGCUGCAGAACAUUCACUUGGUGCGAAAAAUUGUGAAUUCCAUGGGGGUGUACGUAACGAACUAUUUAAACAGUCUCAGUCAAUUGAACCAUUUGAGUAGUUUAAACCCGUCCAAUGGGGGAGCCAACCUGGAAGACAACUUUUACGACAUGGAUAAUUGUGACGAGGACGAAAAUGCAAUCACUCCAAGUAGUAUUAUUACUGUUUUGGUUAGUCUGUACAAACUAAAAUAUCGAAACGAGAAAUUUUUACAAUUGUUGGAAAGGCUUAUCUUUGUGAAGAAGGACAAGUUUAAAUUUGCCCAGCUGAAUUUAACCCUCUACAUUUAUGCCUAUUUCAACAGAGUAAAUAAAACGUUCAUAAAUUGUCUACUAAUGAAUAUUUUGGAAAAUGAAAAAAUGCUAAAUGCAGAAAACAUUCUGAGCAUUUUCACGUCGCUAUUUUAUUUAAACUGUAAAAAUGAGAAGACGUUAGACCGUUUGGUAAAUUAUAUCAUUUCGAAUAAUCUACAUUUCGACAUAAAUGUUAUUAUUUUUCUUCUGAACAAUUUGAAGAAGAUGAACUAUUCAAAUAAAUUUCUUAUGGAGUAUUUCCACGAUCAGAUUAUUUUCAAAUUGGGCUUCCUUCCUCCAGGGGGGGCAGAAAAGGGGAACAAAAUUGUCGACCGUUUUUUUUUAAAGAGAAAAAUUCAGCACAUUAUUGAUGAGGAGAAUCUCCAACAGAGGGGGUACCCAUUUGGUGUAUCCACCGGGGGUGACGCUCAACAGGGGAACCUUCACCAUAUGACACAUGUGAAGGAUGAAAAGAGGGGGGAAAUCACAUCCAAUUACUACCCUCCAAUAUUUGACAUGGAUCCACGUUACAACCUCUGUGAAGAACACAUAAACAGCACGUACGGAUCGGUGCACAAUAAAUACAUUGUGGAAAAUAAUUACGUGGAUUAUAUUUACGAGUAUUAUAAUGAGAAAGACCUGGAAGAAGGAAGUAAGAGCAAAUUGGACAUCCUCAUGGAGGUACUCAUAUACAACAAGCACUUCAAGGAAGACUUACUAACCGUUUUGUAUGAAUAUCUGCUGAACAAUUUAAAAUCCUUUAUGAGUCAAAAUGAUAGUGACAUGUGUCGUAUCUUAUCCAACAUGUAUUUUUUUCAAAUAAAUAAUUUCCCGAAUGUUCUUCUGUUGAAUAAAAAAAUACUGCUAAGUAUGUGUCACCAUUAUGUACCCUUUUACAAACGGACCAACAUAAUGAUUUUUCUGUACAUAAAAUUGCUGCUAGAGAAGCACAACUAUUUUGACAUGUUCAUAGACACCAUAUUGCAGAAAAAGAUACAAACAGAUUUGCUAUCUUUGGAAGGAAAACAAUUUUUAAAUUUGCUUAAUGAGUGCAAAAAUUAUAGUGUAAGCAAGUACCUUUGCGACAUUUCUUUGGUGUACUUUGACUUUUUUACUGUAAAGUACUCACCGGAUGGGUUAAAAGAAGUGACGAACACAUUAGACAAAUGUGAAGGGGGUAAUCACCAUGAAUCCUUCCCCCCCAGAGUGAUCAACCCCCACAGGGAUGAAAAGAAAAAGAAAUUUAUAACACUCCAGUUUAACGAAAAAAACAAGCUACGCUCCUACGACGGGCAAUUUUUAUUACACCUUUUUUACUUCUACAUUCAGAUGAAGUACUACGAGGGCAUAUUCCUAUUCAUUAAGAGCUUAUUUUCCGGGGUGAAAGAUUUCAGUAAAUUCGACCCAUACGUAUACUACAAAGUUAAUAAUCACUCUGCCGAUUUUGACAUGAGGUAUGACGUCCAGGAGGUGCAGAGGGCGGAUGUGUACGUCAGGCUGAAUGCAAUGCAAAUAAUUCACCUGUACGAGUAUUUUAAAAGCGCCUUUGCGUCAAAUGAGGAUUUUAUCACCCAGCAAGGUAACGUAAUAAAUGCGAACCAUGAAAAGGCUCUGUAUCACCACUUUUACGCAUUCAAUGGGGAUAAUUCUGCCGAUGGCAACGUGGGGGAUAUUACUCCCCCGACGUCGCUUCAAACGGAACAGUGUAAGCAGCCUUUGCGUUGUGAAAGUAAGACGCAAGCCGGUCCAGUUAGCAAAUAUUUAUCCACCGAAUGGAUAGUUAACUACAUUAGUGGCAAUAACGUCAAUGUUACUUCCAAAUUGGAGUCAAAUCGAACGUCUGGAAAUGUCCUCGACGGGGGAAUCCCCUUGGAGAAGAAAUACAACUCGAAGUUACCAAAAAAUGGAGAAUUAAAAAAUGAACAUGUCAAGAAGAACGGAAAUAUCGUCAAAGGCGCAACAAUCCACAUUGAGGGAAGCACCUUCCACGUAGACAGCCAUGUGUAUAAUGUCCUGAGCAACAUUUUCUUGUACACCCCUGUGGACCUGUUCGCGUUACACAUUCACCACUUUAAUUCGAAGAAUAUUUUUUUUCUCCUGCAGAACAUAAUUUUUAAGUUAAAUUGGGUGAACAUUCAAUACCUAUCCCUUGUAGUUGCAAAGAUUUUUACCCGAAUGAGUGAAGAAACAUGUCGAGAAACGAAGAAGGAAUAUAUGGUCUAUCUGGAUUUCUUCCAUGAUUACUUACUGGGGGAUGAAGGAACUAGUCAGAAGUUUUCCUAUCAGUCGAAGCGGACAAGGGGCACACAAAAAGUUAGUUAUCUAAAUGGGGAGGACAAAAGACUGCUUAUAAGUAGGAUUCACCAAAAUUGCAUAACCACAUGGAAAGACCAAGAUAAGGUGAAAAAACGCAUCGCAUAUAUUUUGUGCAAAAAUAAGAGCUACUCUAGGUAUGUAAAUAAUGAUAUCCUUUUUGACGAGAAAUUUCUAAGCCUCCUUGUUCAGAUUGUUUUAAAAAAAAAAACAAUUUUUUCCUCUUGUUCCUACUACGACAUGAUGAAUGACAGUUUGCUCCUCAUAUUGAAGUCUUUACGAACGAGGAAGAAAAACCCAAAGUACAUGCAGAGCGUGGAAAUAAUAACAAACAUAUUUCUGUUUAGGUAUAUUCAGUACAAGUACAGAGAAGAAGCGAAUGAAGACAAUUUGUCCAAAAGGUGUGCAUCCGAAAAGGUGCCCUUUUUGGAUCCCCAAGUGGUAGAUGUGCAAGGGGGGGAAAGGGGGCUAUGCCUGAAUUUGGACUUGGACGUAAACUCUGACGCAAAAUUGGAUUCCCAUUUGGACUGUAAUUUGUUCCAACGGUGGGCCCACGGAGAGGAAACGCCCGCCCAGCAGAACGAGCAAUGUAGACGUAGAACACAUAACAAUUCUUUGCAGCGAGAAGAGAAAAGUGAUCCUUGUGUAAGCAUUACGAAUGCACCAGGGGAUGACAGCCAAAAGGGGGCUUCCAAUUCCCCUAGUUCAGUAGAUGAGGGCAACUUAAAUGGGGAAAAUCAAAUGACGAAGAGGAAGGAUGCACUGAGGAGAUACAUACGAAUAUAUUAUACAAUUGUGAAGGUUCGAUAUUUUCACGAAAUGUCUAUCAAUAAACACAUAUUUCGUGAAUUGUGCGUAAACAGAGAAUACAUCGAUAAUGGCAUCUUUUUGAAUUUACUUUUUUAUAUAUAUAAGUACAAGUUUGACGAAAUGAGAUACAUUCUCCUGCUGCAGAAAAAAUGUGCCCUGUAUAAGGACUUAUAUUAUACGCAUUCGAAUUGUAGGAUAGUGGAAUUUCUUUGUAAAAAAUUGAAAAUUAAUUUGGACGAUAGCGUCAGGACUGUCCCCACGAAGCAGACGUCUUAUGAUUAUGAGAAUGUGUAG